AUGACGCAUGUCAUCUCUCGAACACCCAAAAUGCCCCAUAGAGGGCAUUCUUCAGGUCUGCCUGCAGACAGGACCAUCUCCAAUGUUACUCGAGUGAUAGUGAAGACACCAGGCAACCUGAAAGACUUUAUAGUAGCUGAUAACACUUCAGUGAGGCAGUUCAAGGAGAAGCUAUCGGCUCACUUCAAAUGUCAAAUGGAUCAACUAGUGCUGGUCUUCAUGGGCCGCCUUCUCAAAGACCAUGACACACUGAGCCAGAGGGGCAUCGUAGAUGGCCACACCAUCCAUCUGGUCAUCAAGUCCAAGCACGGUUCCAGAUCCCUGGCCCAUUCCUCCAGGAACCUGCCAGUCAACUAGCCCUGCCAUGGGGACAGAAACACCAAAGGAAAUAGCAGUGGGGUAUACAAAUCUGCCAGCAUGAGUCAAACACCCACGGAAUCAGACCUCUUUGUGAAGACUGAUGCACCCAAAGUGCGUACGCAGGACUUGAAAGUAGACACUUCAGAGUGUAUAGCACGGAUACUGGAGAAUCCUAAUAUCCAACGGCUUCAGUCCAAUAUGGAGUAUAUGCGGCAGUUCAUCUCCGAACACCCAGACAUGCAACAAUUGAUGCAGCAGAAUCCAGAAGUCUCCCAUCUCCUUGACAAUUCGGAGAUCCUAUAUCAGACUCUGGAGUUAGCCAGGAAUCUUGCCAUCAUUCAAGAGAUAAUGCAGACCCAGCAGCCUGCACAGAACCCUGAGCAUCCACUGAAUACACUGGGUUUUGAGACAGUUCCAGGUGGGAAUAAUGCCUUGAGUCAGAGCUACACUGAUUUCAAUGACCGAAUGCUCAACAAUUCGAAAGAUCCUUUUGGGGGCAACCCUUUCACAGCUCUCCUGGCAGGACAAGCACCAGAACAGCUACAGACUUCACCCACAAUUCCACCACCAUCUCAGGAAUGGCGUGACCAGCUCCCACAGCUCCCUACAACCAAAGUCAUCUAUACUAGUUCCCGUGGUUUUUCCUCCAUCUCAACCAAUGGCAUCUCAACCAACGCCACCCCAAACAGAGUCAACCAUACUUCCACGAUCUCGACCAACGACCAAAGCCCUGUCCAUGAUACUGAGAUAGCAGCCUUGCCUAGUAAAGAAGUUAUCCAAAAGUCUCAAGAGGAAGACCAGGAUGCCACUAUCUCUAUAGAUAGUCCUGAACAAAAGUUGGAGGAAGAUCCCCAGUUGUCAGAUGAGCAGAAUAGUUCUCAGAUCGCAGGAGGCAUGAUGCAGUUACUUAUGAAUAAUCCCCACUUGGCAGCUCAGAUGGUGUUCAUGGGUAUGCCCCAGCUGAAUGACCAGUGGAAACAGCAGCUGCCCACAUUCCUGCAGCAGUCACAACUCUCUGACCUUCUUUUAGCCCUUACUAACCCUAAAGCGUCACAAGCAAUAUUGCAGAUCGAGCAGGGACUCCAGCUGUUGGCCACAGAGGCUCCUGUUCUUCUGCCCUGGGUUGCACCUUACUCAUGGGGCCUAGGUUGUCUUUCUGCCCCCAACUGCAACUAUCCUGACCCAGUGCACUGGGCCUGGAAUAUGCCGGAUAUACCCGAGUCCAAGAGAUCCGAGUGCUGCCACGUACUUGGAACAGUCCUGCAGAAGCUACAAUCCCUAGCUGGAGAUCCUUCCCACUUUCUACAAGCCCUUGAGAUUCGUUUCAGCAAGCAGAUGGAAUCUCUUCAGGCCAUGGGAUUUGGGAAUCACCAUGCCAAUCUACAGGCACUCAUUGCUACUGAAGGGGACACCAAUGCGGCUAUUCGCAAGCUCAUGAGAUCCCAGGGAUUCUAA